AUGACAGACUAUAUCGACCAGGCAGUGACAAAGUACACUGACCUGGCCGGCAGCUCGCCCCUCAAAAAGGUGCCUACACCCUUUUUGCCGGACGGUUCCCUCCUGGCGGAGGAUGACGCCGAGCUUGGAGAGCUAUCGGCGGACGCCUGCGGCGUACUGAUGAAGAAUCUGUACGCAGCACGGCUGUCACGACCAGAUCUGUUGAAACCAAUCAACGACCUGGCAAAGAAUGUGACAAAGUGGACAAAGAACUGCGACAAGCAGCUUUGUCGCCUCAUGUCUUACAUGAGCUGCACGCGUGGCCACACACUCCGUGGUUACGUCGCAGACAAGCCUGAGGAUCUGUGGCUUGAGCUCUUUGUGGACUCCGACUUUUGUGGAAGUCGUGAGGACGCGAAAAGCACGAGCGGCGGGUACCUCGUGCUAAAAGGACCCCACACAUACUUCCCGAUUAUGUGGGUGUCCAAGAAGCAGACCAGCGUCAGUAGGAGUACGACGGAAGCUGAGGUUAUAUCGCUUGCCCACAGCCUCUUCUUGGAAGGGCUGCCUGCCAUGUCGCUGUGGGAACAGCUACUUGGUAGGAAGGUUGUCUUGAAAGUCCGUGAGGACAAUCAGGUGAACCUCGGUUCCAUCUGUGAGAUCUUUGAAAAUGAGGCUUGCGAAAUUUCCUACGUCGCCACUGACGAACAGGCUGCUGACAUCUUCACCAAGUGCCUUGAACCGAUCAAGUGGGACAACGCACUUGAAUUGUUGGGGAUGUCCCCGCAUUCUCAUUGCGGAAAGGCGCCGCCGUAG